AUGGCUAUCAGUAUAAUCAAUAUCGUCACUCUCUCCGCGUUAUCACUUACAUUGCCACUAAAUACUCACAGUUUCAUUACAGAACAUUGGUGGGCUACAACAACGUUUGACGUUGAACAAUUGAAGUAUACGUGGAUUAUCAAUAAUUUCGACUCCCUUCGCUUAGCUGAAAAUAAUGGCUUAUCUUCACCAGAUUUUUGGGCAGAUGACGAUGACAGUCAUAAAUGGCAUCUUUCUUUAGAAGAAAUCGCUGAUAGCAACGUUCAUGGCGUAUAUUUGAACCCUAAUUUCAACGAUCCAUUAACAGUACAGUUUAGUAUUUCGAUUAAUGACGCCGAAGACUCUGCGAUUCACAACUUUAUUAACGGUGAACAUUCUGGAUUCGAAGUCUCCAUAGGUACCGGAUUUGAUUUAAUUAAUAAGAAUAGUAACGCAAUAACUAUUGAAUGUAACAUCAAGAAAAUUGAUAAAGUAAAAAAUAAUACAAGACGUUGCCAAGCACCCAAAGAAGAUAAUUCACCAAGCAAAGAUAUAUUCAACGAUUACGAGUUGUUAUUCGAGAAUGGGAGUUUUAGCGACGUCACAUUUUACAUCAACUCGAAAACUCUUAGAGCACAUAAAGCUAUCCUCGGAGCACGUAGCUCAGUUUUUCUGGAACAACUGAGACGCGAUCCAACCGCAUACAACAGAUUUAAUCGCGACAUUGUCAUUGAAAUUAGAGAUAUGGAAUUUCCAGUAUUUAAAGAGCUCUUGCGCUACAUUUAUAUAGGCCAAGUUCAAAAUCUGGAUGAUAUAGCUGAUAAACUUCUGAUUGCAGCUCAACAAUACAAUGUUCAAGGAUUGAUAAAAUUGUGCGAACAACAGUUGUGCAAAAAUUUGAAUAUUCACAAUGCAUUCGCUCUUUUAAGUUUUGCAUAUGAUCAAAAUCUCCAUGAAUUAAGAUCAGUGGUUGCUAAAUUUAUUGCCGGACACGGUUCGAGUAUAGUGCGUACCGGCGAGUUUAAAGAUAUUGAAAAAAAACUUAAUAAUUCUUUACUCGAUGUAUUCCAUGCGCACUACGAUAAUUGAUUUUAAAUCGGUAUACUAUAUAUUUUAUAUCGUAAUGAAAAUGAUUUUAACUAUAUUGUAUUUUACACGCGUACUUUUAAAUUUUAAUAUCAUAACGGGUGCAUGA